AUGGCAGAUCAGAAUACUCAAGACCUAUAUUCUUGCAAUGGCUGUAGUGAGAAGAUUCCUACUGGCCGAGCUCGAAUUGCAUGUCAUACUUGUCCGGACUAUCAUUUAUGCGCGAACUGCUUCGUGAUAAAGCAAUUCUCAAGACCUCACUCCGAGUCUCAUACAACUAUGAUCCUCAAAUCAUCGGGAUUCGUGGUUCCCUCUCUACCUGGCUUCGCUCCUCGUGCUGCACCAGCAUUGCCGCCUCGUCAGAAUUCAGCACGGCAGUCAGUGAGAGUGUCUGAAAUGCCAACGGCGAAUUGGGGUGCUUUGUGGAAUAUCAUGAAAGCGCCAUUGGAGAAGAUGGAUAAGAAGAAUAGGAAGGGUAGCGUUGAUGUGAAGGAAGAUGAGUUCAAGAAUGUGGAGCUUCGUGGACGUUCGCCUUCUGUGAUGACUGGAGGCCUCGACAAAGGCAAGGAGCAAGAGAAAGGAAGCAACUCAUCCUCUCCUCUUGCGCAAAAUCCAGUCAACUCUCUGCCACCUUCUCCACCAAAGUGUGUUCUCCGAGGUAUCGAACGCGUCGAUAGCAGUGCUCCUUCAUAUCCCAGACCAGCGAAGUGGGAGUCGUUGUUUGAGGCAGAUGGAACUCCGAGGCCAAUCUUCGUGGCAUUGAUGAGUACCAUUUUCAGUCAUCUCGAUCCGGAUCAUACUGAGUAUCUUAGACCAGAGACCUAUUCAGCUUUUUUGGAUGUUCAAGGAUGUGAUUUGGAAUUGAAUUCUUGGAAGAGAACUUUGCAGAGCGACGAUGGCGACAACUCCAAAGAUAUUGCAGACUUCGAACUCGGUCUCUACUUCUCAGAUAACAACAUAUCACACAACCUGAACGUUCGACCAAAGACAUCUUCAGACAACGACUCAAUCGACGAGCCGACAUCUGCAGUGGAGAAGAGGAUCAGACAGUCGAUCAGCUUCAAACCGAACAUGCCAAUGCUAUCUAGACAAGGAUUCAUUGAUUUGAUAAAUAUCGAAUAUCACAAAGAUCUGGAUAAGGCUCAUGAAGGUCUGAAUAGAGCAAUCAAAGCAUAUGGGAUCUGGAAGGAACUGGAUGAGAUGCCGAGGAGUGUCUUGCCUGAUCAGAGCAAGUCGACGGCUCUGAAGUCUGUAGUGGAAGUAGGUGAAAAUGAUGAGAGUGCAGAAGAAUUGGAGAUGCCUCCACCUGCAUUGCCGAUUAGACCAAGAGGAGGAGAGGCGAAGGUUGAAGCUCUAAUGCAGAGGGAGGAGUUUGAUGAGGAGAAGUCUCCGAAGUUGAGUGAGCCAGGAUUGACCACGCUUUCACUCGGUGAGGAAAAGGAUGAACCAGACGUCAAGAAGGGAGAGGUUGAGGAGAAGGACGAAAAGAAGAGCGGGUCGGAGAACGAAGGUCCUGUGAUGGCCGACAAAGAGAUGGAAGGAGACCAUGAAGUCACUGCAAGAGGUGAAGAGGUCAAGGAUGGCAUGAGUAAGGCGAGUGGGAAUGAGCAUGAUAUGUGA